CUCCAACAUCGUCAUCCCUACCUCGUGAAUGUUUUCCCGGCGACCGCCUGGACCCUAUUCAUUCGUGGCCAUUGAGCCUAUGAGCUCUCUUACCAUUACUAACGGAGCACAAACAAAACGGAACUGGCAUGCAUUCCCCUACCUUUUAGCCGAGGUCGGAUGAGGUCAGAUGCUACUGUCCCAUGUCGUGGCUAACACUUCACCGGAUUUGCUCAAAUAUCCUCAUGUCAAUCGGGCCAUAAUUUCUUAUGGUUUACUUUAGCCUGCCCAACCCGUUUCUGUGACUUGUUCUUUUCUUUUUAAAUCCAUAACCGCCCUCGUUACGCAAACCUAGCAGCCCACGCGCGAAACACCACCAGCCCACCUCACACAUUCAUCUUUCCCAGCGUCCAACAAUGUCGUAUUCCAAGAGCGCAGAUGAAUCGACGGUACCCGUCCUCAAGAACCUCACGAUAGAAAACAUCACAGAAAACGUGCAGCGCAUAAACUCGCAAUGCAGCGACCCACGGCUCAAAUACGUCAUGGAGCGUCUCGUAACGCAUCUGCACGACUUUGCACGCGAGACACGCCUCAGUUUCGACGAAUGGAUGGCAGGAAUCCAAUUUCUGACACAAGUAGGCCAGAUAUGUAGUGACGUGCGACAAGAAUUCAUCCUCCUCUCCGACAUUGUCGGUCUCUCCCUCCUCGUCGACUCAAUUGACCACCCCAAACCCCCUGCCUCAACCGAAGGCACGGUCCUUGGUCCCUUCCACACGCACGACGCCCCUGUCUCCGCACCAGGCUCCAAAAUCUCGGCCGACCCCUCCGGCACACCUCUGCUUGUCCUCUGCACCGUGAAGACUACAUCGGGGGCCCCAAUCUCCGGCGUCAAGAUCGAUGUCUGGGAAACAGAUUCCAACGGCAAGUACGAUGUGCAGUAUGAGGACCGCGGCGAAAAGGCCGAUGGCCGCGCAAUCGUGAUAAGCGAUGAUCAGGGUGUAUUUUGGUUCAAAGGAAUUGUACCCGUGCCAUAUCCUAUUCCGAGCGAUGGGCCUGUAGGCAAGUUGCUGGAAAAGCUGGGCAGGCAUUGCUGGAGACCGAGUCAUAUGCAUUUUCUGUUUGAGAAGGAGGGAUUUGACAAUCUGGUUACUGCCUUGUAUCUCCGCGGUUCCCCCUACGAAACCUCCGACGCCGUCUUUGGUGUCAAGGACUCACUCAUUGUCCCCUUGGACACGGUGACGCCCGAGCAGGCGAAGCAGUAUGGUGUAGCCGAGGGAACCAAAUUGCUUACGUACGACUUUGUGCUUGUGACGGAUGACGAGACGAAGCAGCUGAGGCAUGAUGAGGCGGUUAAGGCGAUGAAGUCGCUGGGGCGGGAGGGCAUGAUGAUUGUGAAUGGGCUGCCUGUUCCUGAGGUUGACUAGGUGUAUUCUGCAACUUCUUGAAGAGUAGAUGGAAUCUUUUUGAGGAUAUAGAUAGCUAUCACUCAACAAUAGAAAUACUUGGUAGUUAGCAAAGAAACUGGAAAUAGCCUUC